AUGGCAGACGUUGCCACUCCCGAUGGCUCAGCGCCAAUUGUUCCAUUGUUCAGGGAUCCCGAUGCGCCACCAUCGAGUGCUGGUUCUGCGGGACAGUCUGAAGCUCGUCCGGGACCACCACCUAUGACAGAGGAGCUGAAAGCUCGCUUGGACAAAGUCAUUUACUCUGAUAUCGGUAUCACAACGCUCUUGACACGAUUGAAGCAGAGCGUAGCUUCUGCGAAGGAUUUCUCCGCAUUCCUCAAGAAGCGGUCCUCUCUGGAAGAAGAACAUGCACAGGGUCUGAAGAAGUUGUCUCGCUCUCUUCAUGACGCUGCCAACCGCUCCGACAAUCGUCAAGGCACUUACGGCACCAGCUACAAUGAUCUCAACCGAUUCCACGAACGCAUGGCGGACCAUGGACUGCAAUUCGCAGUAUCUCUGCAGCAGAUGGCCGACGAUCUCCACGAGCUCGCCACGAAUAUCGAGAAGGGACGCAAACAAUGGAAACAGACCGGCCUGAGCGCGGAGAAAAGGGUUACUGAGGCCGAAGCGGCAGCGGAGAAAGCAAAAGCCAAGUACGAAUCUCUUGCGGAGCAGUACGAUCGCGUGAAAACCGGGGACAAACAGGGUGGGAAAUUCGGCUUGAAGGGACACAAAUCUGCUGCCCAGCACGAAGAAGAGCUGUUGCGUAAAGUGCAGAAUGCAGACGGGGAUUAUGCUGCCAAGGUCACGGCCGCACAAGCGGCUCGACGAGAAUUGAUUUCCACCCAUCGUCCGCAGGCUGUGCACAAUAUCCAGAAAUUGAUUGCAGAAUGUGACUCUGGUCUUACGUUGCAGCUACAAAAGUUCGCGACAUUUAAUGAGAAAUUGCUGCUGGGACAAGGCUUAUCUAUCACGCCUUUAGAUGACGGCGCAGGCAAUGGCUCUAUUGGACCAAAGAGUCUGUAUGAGGUGGUUCGGCAGAUUGACAACCAGAGGGACUUCCAUGAUUACAUUCUUAGCUACGAACAUAAUCCUGGUGCGGUGACUUCGGAGCAGAUUCAGUACCAGCGUCAUCCGACACUGGGAGGUACGCCCACACCCGUUGUUCCGGCCUCGCAGACUUCCACACAGAACAAGCGCCAGUCAACUGUGUUUCCUUCAUCAUUUUCCCAACAACAUCUUCCUACCACUCAGCCAUCGGGACCGGCCGCGGCACCAGCCCCGGCACCAGCAUCCGCUCAAAACCCCCAGCCAUCGCCUUUUCAGCCACAUCCAGACUCGUUCUCCUCGCCACCCCCAUUUCACCCACCUUAUCCCACCUCUUCUGGGUUACCGGCUCAAGAUCAGCGCAAUGUGAACAAACCGCCUAUGACGGCACCGGCUAAUCCUCUGCCGCCACCCGGUAACAACUUCCAACAGAAUCUACCUCCUCUGAGGCCGGUCUUUGGGGUUUCCUUGGAAGAUUUGUAUGCCAGAGAUGGGACUGCGGUACCCAUGAUUGUGUACCAAUGUCUUCAGGCAAUAGAAUUGUUUGGAUUGGAUAUGGAGGGCAUUUACCGUCUCUCGGGGAGCGCUAAUCACAUCAACCACAUGAAGUCGCUUUUCGACAACGACUCGUCACAAGUGGAUUUUACGAAUCCCGAGAGCUUCUAUCACGAUGUCAAUAGUGUCGCCGGGCUGCUGAAACAGUUCUUUAGAGACCUGCCUGAUCCCUUGUUCACUUCCCGGUACUAUUCAGAUUUCGUUAAUGCAGCUCGGAUCGAUGAUGAUAUCCAGCGUAGGGAUUCACUACAUGCACUUAUCAAUAACCUUCCAGAUGCGCACUACGCCACGCUGAGGGCUCUGAUACUGCAUCUCAACAAAGUCCAAGAACAUUACACGAAUAAUCGUAUGAAUGCAGGAAACAUUGCAAUCUGCUUUGGACCUACUCUCAUGGGUGCCAGUUCCGGCGGCAACAUUGCCGAUGCCGGUUGGCAGGUCCGCGUUAUUGAGACCAUUCUGGUCAAUACGUUCCAGAUAUUCGAUGACGACUAG